AUGUCCAUUGUGUGCGAGUCCCAAAAGUUGAUCCACACCAACUGCCAAUCCUCCAAUCAAGCUAAACCACGUGACAUGCACAUUGAUUGGACGAAAGCCAAACCACACAAUUUGAUAAAUUAUAUAAAGCACACUGAGCUAUAUUUGGAAACCAUUGAUAUUACAGAGGAAGCCAUUUGCUGCUCAGAUAUUAGUUGUAAAGAUAGUAAUCAUUGUAGUGACAUUAAUCGGUUCUACAAAGAAAUUGUGGCUGCACUGAACAAGUCAGAACAUUUGUCGUUUAAAGUUAAAUCUACGGUCAGUUUUGUUCCAGUUCCGGACUGGAAUGAUCUUGUUAAAGACGCCCAUGAUAUGGCUCGUGAAUGUUUUCUUGUGUGGCGAGAUGCUGGCAAACCCAGACAAGGUUUCAUUCACCAUAUGAUACAAUCAUCAAGAUCAAAAUUCAAGCUUGCACUACGUAGUUACAGAAAGAACGAAGCACAGGCUAGAGCUGAUUCUAUUGCAAAAUCAUUUAUAAAUAAAGAGUGCAGUGCAUUCUUCUGGAAGAAGGUUCAUACAAAAAAACGUGGUACAUCGCCCUCAACGGUUGGGGGUACCUCGGGUGAACCAGAAAUUGCUGAUAUGUGGGCCGAUCAUUUUGAAGCUAUUUUAAAUUCUGUGAAGCAUGAUCAAUAUAAAGCAAACGUUCAUAACUAUAUAUCUGACUGUGAUAAUAACGAUAUUCUUGUAUCUAGUGCGGACAUUGCGAAUAUUAUCGGUAAGCUACCAACUCAAAAGUCGCGUGACUCUGGUGGUCUCAGCGCUGAGAAUCUUAUGUAUGCCAACUCGUCUGUUAAUGUGCAUUUGUCUAUGUGUAUCUCAUCUAUGUUUGUCCACGGAUAUAUUCCUACUGAUAAGUCAAACGUUACUCUUCUUCUUCAAUUGAAGAACAAAAAUGGAGAUGUGACCAGCAAGAACAACUACCAUCCUAUUGCAAUAACAACAGUAAUAUCAAAACUAGUGGAACACUUGCUUCUUGAGAGGUGUGAACUCUACCUCAUGACUACCAGCAAUCAAUUUGGUUUUAAAAAGAAUCAUUCUCCGGUUUUAUGUGUUUUCGAUUUAAAAGAGCUUAUUCGUCACUAUAACUCUCUCGGUAGUAAUGUCUUUGUUUGUUUUCUUGAUGCGUCAAAAGCUUUUGACAAAGUCAACCACUGGACACUGUUUAGCAAACUAGUAGACCGUAAGGUUUCACCUUACAUCGUACGAUUUCUUGUGAACUGGUAUUCCUCGCAAAACUAUUCUAUCACAGAUGGAAUCAUUCUGUCUGGCGACUAUUCUCUGUAUCUAAUGGGGUGCGACAAGGGGGUGUUAGUCGCCAGUCUUAUUCAAUGUGUAUGUGGAUAA